AUGGGAAGCCUUCCUGGAUUCACGACCAAUUUUCCUGCUGGAUAUCCAACCAUCCCACGAGCAUCAAACUUUGCCGGCGGUGCAAGCAAUCCCUCCUCCACAGGCUCUCCCUCAGGACAAAACCAGUCGGCUGCACCGCAAUUCGACAUUUUUGACUGGCACCCUGCCUACCAGAGCUGCCAGCGCUAUUUUCUUGACCACGCCCAACACGACAACACGGUUCAGGUCGUCGCUGCUCUGAUCAACAUAUGUCUACCGUUCCAAUGGACGCCCCACCCCCUCCUGAGCUCGUCAGGCCCCCUGCCACAUCCAUCUGGCCCAGCAGCAUACACACAGCCUUGGCCUCGACAAGGACCUAUUCUCAACUCAAAAGGGCAGCCGACACCGGCGUGGGUGUCGCUGAUCCCCUUCAUACGGCGCCUCGUCAUCACAGGGAUGGACCAGGCCGCCGUCAUGCAUGGAUUCUUCGGCGAUGACUGGAAAAAGGGAGUGGGCCCAGUUCACGAGUGCGAAAGGCGAAAUUAUCUCUUCGCAGCCAAAAGCGUGGGAUGGGCCAAAGUCAAGUGCCAGUAUGACAUGUCCCCGCACGAAACAGUUCCGUUUAUGAAGCCGCUACAAGACGUUCAGCUCGCGGAAAUCGAGGGUGCCGAAAAGACCUGGAGUCAAUGGUUGGCAAUGGAGGAUUGGAUGGUGGGGCCCCGAGCUCCAGAUGCGGACGACCGCUUCCCAGGUGCCCGGCGCCGUGAAUCCUGA